UUGGAAUAUUUGACAUAUCUUUGCGUAAACCAAGCACAUCGUUAAUUAUAGGAUACAUUUAUAUCGAUUAUCGUAUUGUAUUUUUUUGCAGAUUGAUAUCUUCUUAAUUUUACAAUAUUUAUACGCAAGCAAACACGCGUUUUCGUUUUUAUUACAACGUUUGCGAACAAUUGUCACAUUACAUUGAUAUUAAAUCCGAAUAAUUAGUGAAUAUUGAUGCAAUCGUGAUACACAUGCGCGCGCGCGCGCGCGUUCACAAUUAGAAUUUCAAAGAUGUGUGGGGAAGUGAUUCUAUUUGUUUGUUCCCUAUCGGUUGUACUUUAAAUUUGACAAUUGUUAUUAAUUUUCUAACUGGAUGGGUAAUUCCAACGUAAAGAAAAAAUAUCACGACCAUCAGAAAUAUGCUAGUCAGUAUAGUCUCAUUGACAUCAUCGGUGGAAGUUGUGCUGGGUCAACAAGAUCUUCUCAAGUAGAAAUCAAAUCAUGGUCACGUUCCUCUUGUAGAAGUUCUUCUAAAACAGCCUGGCCAAUACCUAGGUCCGAAACUAUCUUUCUACCAGAAUUUAAAGUCAGAAAGAUGACUUUAAAUACAGAAUAUAGUUUUCUCGACGUCAUUGCUAAAGGUGCAUACGGAAGAGUUUAUAAAGUUCAAAAUCGGGAAAAUAGACAAGUUUUUGCUUUGAAAGUUAUUAGCAAAGCUAAAAUUGUCAGUGAGAAUGCUGUUACUCAGGCAAAACAGGAGGUAGCUAUACAAAGAAUGGUGGGACAUCAUCCCUUUAUAGUAAAUUCUACCCAUAGAUGGCAAAGUAGUAAAACAUUAUAUAUAUUAACAGAUUACAUGUGCGGUGGAGAAUUAUUUUCUUUAGUAGAGGAAUAUGGAUGUUUGCCUGAAGAAGUAGUUAGAAUAUAUGUUGCCGAGGUCGCUUUAGCUAUUGAUUUUUUACAUAAUGCUGGGGUGGUGCACAGAGAUUUAAAAGCAACAAAUAUUUUACUGGAUGAAGACGGGCAUGCAGUUAUUAUAGAUUUUGGUUUAUCCAAGUGGUUACAUCGUACGCAAAGGACAAAUACUUUUUGUGGGACUCCUGAGUACAUGGCACCAGAAAUUUUAAAAAGGCAAUCUUAUGGACAAGAAGUCGACUGGUGGUCUCUUGGUGUUUUGAUGUGCUUUCUCCUCACUAAUCGGUUUUAUUCUACAUAUAACUGGUUUAAAAGCAACUUUGAUCGUAAGACUCCGUGGCGCAACGGUAGCGCGUCUGACUCCAGAUCAGAAGGUUGCGUGUUCAAAUCACGUCGGGGUCAAGCUCUUUUAUUUUUAUCUUUUUAUUUAAGCUCACUUCACUUAAUAAUGCGUAUAUAUGAUAAGUUUUAUCAUGUAAUUUGUUGAAAUAAUUGUUUUUUUACAUAAAUUUUUUCGAAAAAUAUAAAAGUAUGUUUUAGAUGUCAAGAAGUAAAAUAGAUAGAUAAGAGAGUAAAAUAGAACGAUUGAAUAGAUACAGUCAUGGAUUUUGCAAAUAUUAAAAAUAGAAAUGUAUACAUGUUUUUAGAAUUGUUAGCAAUAAAAUGAAGUAUUUGAAAACUAACAAAAUAUAUCCAAAUAAUUGAAUAGAUAAAUAAAUAUAUAUGUACGUAUAAUGUUCUUAAAAUGUACGAAAUACUGAAAGCAAAAAAUACGCCCCCGGGUGGGCUCGAACCACCAACCUUUCGGUUAACAGCCGAACGCGCUAGCCGAUUGCGCCACGGAGGCGAUUGGAACUGUGGUUUGUUAGAAUAGCGUGGUAUGUGCCACUUGCCUGCUAAACUUAUUUUCAUUUCUUUGGGCAAAUAAAAUCUUUCAUAAUUUUUUAUAUAAACUAAAAAAAAAUAUAUAUAUAAAGAAUAAUUCACAAACAUUAGGUAAUAUGAAAAUAGAAGAAUUUGUUGCAAUUUAUAAGACACGUAUCUUGUCUCUCCUUGUUACGAUAAAAUAUGACCUCUUAAGAUCUCACGGUAUUUUAGAAGGCAACUUGUUUUUCUCGUUGACAUUAGUAAAAUCGUUGAUGAUUGUAAAUAAAGAGGAUGAAAAAAAAAAGAAAUAAAAAAUGAAGAAACAAUUAGUCAUUUGCGUUAGGACAUACUUAAAUACGCUAUAAUUCAUUCCAUUUAGCCGUGCUCACUCGAUUCAUUGAUACAUCAAAGAAUCUUGCGAUAGAUUGCAAAAUUUUCUGCGCCUUGACAUUUCGUCGAGUACAGCGACCUUAUAGAUCUCCACUGUUUACACAUUGCAUUUAUACGCCAUCGACUUUUCAUUCGGCCUUCGAUGAGUCGAUGCUUUCGCGCAUAUUACGAAUAAAUGUCGCGCUCUAUCGUUCUCGUCUUGCGCAAAGAAAUUCUUCAUGGGACGGCUGCCUUCGAAGAAAGGCUUUUUUUCUUAAGGAAAAAGAACGGAUUUUUAUUUUCACUUACGAUUAGUCGUCAACUACGACUAAUUGUAAUUUGGGAUAUUAGUAGUCCAAAUGUUAGAUAAAUCUCCAAAAAGAGGUACGUCGUAUGCAGGACAAGUAUCGUUGAACACGAUUACUCUUUUUCUCCUUUUUUUCUUUUUUCUUUUACAGAGGAUUGGUAUCAAUAACGUCGUGUUUACGUGAGAGAUGACAGUAAUAAUAAUUAUUAUUAUUAUUAUAACGAUGAUGACAGCAAUAAUACAAAUAAUAAUAUUAUUAAUAGUAGUGGAACUGGUACUAAAUCGUAAUAAAAUAAUAAUAAAAUAAUAAUAAUAAUAAUAAUAAUAAUAAAAAUGUGGAACUACUACUAGAUCGUAAUAAUAAUAAUAUUAAUAUAUAAUAAUAAUAAUAAUAAUAAUAAUAAUAAUAAUAAUAAUAAUAAUAAUAAAAUAAUAAUAAUAAUAAUAAUA